AAGGUGUAGUUGCUCAUAGUGACCAGUUAGACUUUUGCAACAGAGCAAAGUGCUAAUUGGUUGCUACAAGUUACAACUCUGGAGUAAAAUUACUUUGAAUUUGUGAAUUUCUGCCCUUUCUGGGGCUCUCAUUGCUUAGGAUCAUUGCUUGGAUCAUAAGGCAACAGAUCUACAAUACAACAUUUAGAUGAGUCAGGGCUAAUUGUAUGGAUAUGAGGUAACAGCCCUCUAGUUCUAAUGCUGCCUGCCCCCUAUCCAUUAUACACUGGAGUGGUUCUGCUCGGCUCUGCUAUUCAUCUAAGCAGAAUGGCUGUAAUCUGGAACUGUGGCUACUGCUGGAGAGCCGUCUUACUGGGAGUGUUGGGAGUUGUUGUCUCUCUUGCUCAGGAUUUAACGACAACAGACGACUCUUUUUAUGAUGACCCAGACCUGAUUUGUGGAGAUGAGGGUAUGGAGUAUAGUGUUUCACCCAUGCCGAAUGCUUCCUUAAGGAUCUUAGUACAAGAACAUGAUGGGAAGCUGAAAAUCCUGGCAAAUGAUUCCAGCUGUGGGAUUUGGGUUACCUCGAAUUCCAAUGGCUCUUUGCUCAUAGACAUGUAUUAUGAUGGCUGCUACAUUAAAAAGCAGGGUAAUUACUAUGGGAUGACAUUAUUUAUAGAACACAAUACAACAGGAGAGUGGGAGGUGUAUCAGAAGGAAGAUCUGAGAUGUCCAUUUUGUCAAGCAAUGGACGCUCCUGCCCUAAAUAAGUGCUCUGAUGUGCCGAAGUCGGAUAGAUUUCCUUGUGCCGGCCCCACCUCUUCAUCAGAUUUCUGUCAUCAAAGGGGCUGCUGUUAUGACCAAAAUGACUCUGUAACUCCAUGUUAUUAUAAUAACAAAGUUACUGCUCAGUGCACAAGAGAUGGAGUGUUCUCUCUUGCUAUCAGCAAAUAUCUGACACAGCCACCGAUUAUUCUCAACUCUGUGCGAUUUCCACGUGGAACCGGUGUCGCAUGCAGCCCAGUGGCCCAAAAUAAUGCAUUCCUCCUAUUCCAGUUCCCACUGACAGCUUGUGGUACCACCCGUAAUGAGGAUGGAUCAACCAUAAUCUAUGAGAAUAAUCUGAUGGCAGAAAAGUAUGUUUCUACUUGGAAUGGAGUAUCAAUAUCCCGGGACAGCACUUUUAGGUUGUACAUUCAGUGCAGAUUCAGCGCUGCCAGCUUUGUGCCUGUGAAUGUCGUGGUCUAUACACCCCCACCACCCCUUCCGGCCUCUAGCUCUGGCCUUCUCACAUUGGAAAUGAGGAUAGCAAAAGACCAGCAGUAUGUGGAAUACUAUACAGUAAGCGAUUACCCUGUCAGAAAAGUUCUCCGGGAUCCUAUCUUUGUAGAGGUUCGUAUCCUUCACAGGAACGACCCAGCACUGACAUUAAUUCUGGAACACUGCUGGGCAAACCCUUCUGAAAAUCCUUUACAGCAACCCCAGUGGCCAAUUCUAACUAGCCGGUGUCCAUCUGCUGGGGACAAUUACAAAACUGAACUGCUCCCAUUAAGUGGCAGAGAAGACUUUCCUUACUAUUAUAAACGAUUCAUUGUCAGGACCUUCACGUUUGUUAAUCCUAUCUCACAGCAAGUUUUAGACGGAUUGGUAUAUAUACACUGCAGUGCAUCCACCUGUACACCUUCCUCUUUGGACUCCUGCAUGGAUAAUUGCACAGCUUCAAGGACCAAAAGAAGUGCCUAUAGCUUGGAACAGCUGAGUAUUAUAUCUGUAGAGGGACCGAUUGAAUUCCAUCGCUAUGAACAUAAGCAAAAAGAAAUUGUUCAUUCCGGUUAUUAUACAAGAACAGAGUGUGCCGUUGCUGCAGUUGGUCUAUUAUUUGGAAGCAUCACUGGAUUCAUCAUUUUAGUAUGGACAUUAAGAAGACAAACACGCUUUAGAACUCCAAAUCAACAUGUUUAAUUAAACCACUCCAACCACAUUUCUUUGUGUCAAUGAAUGAAGAACUAAAAUUGCAUGGAGCUGAUUUAAUUUUUUUUUAAUUAUUAAUAUGAUAUGUAAAGUAAUCAUGAUUGAGAACAAAAUGAAGACACGGGUAAACUGCUAAGAAUUAGUCAGGAAAAAAACCAACCCAAACCAUGUACAAAUCCCUUUUCUCAAAUGAGAUGAGCAAAGGUUUAGAGAUGCCGUCAAAAUGAGUAGGCAUUUAUAGCACAAGAUUAAAAGGGUGUCUGUCUACUUUCCCAAGGUUGUUUUGCUGGUUGCUAUGCAUUUACCCUUGAAUAAUUGUUUUUUUUUCGUCAGAAAUUAUUUUUAUAUAUACAACUAUUAGUGUCUUCUUACUAGAAGUCUAGAGUGCUGCUCUCUUUGCACAAUUUCUGUUUGUAAUCCCAGAAUACCUAUACUAAUAACAAAUAAAUGCUUGCCUGCCAAAGAAGCCUGGUAUUAGAGCAAUAAAGAUGUCAAUUAAUCUUAUACAAAAAAUAAAAUUAAAUUGUUUGGUCACAG